AUUGGGGGGGGUGUGCUUUCCUUGCUCGUCGUGUUUCUGUUAAAAAGUGAAGCAGCUGUUCAGCCGGCUGCGUCUCGUCCCUCAAUGAGCACACAGACACACGUGCAAUCACGUCUUAACCGGUUGCUGCAGCUUGCCACUGUUUGGCUAAACUUCCUGUGACCUGGAUCUAUCUGUACAAACCUGUUGUCAGCUGGGAAUGACCACUUCAGGGCACUCUUGAGGCAGUAAAAUGGCAGCUUGAAUGCGGCUCCUGGAGUUGUCUUUCUUCUUAAGGACGGCUAGACUUUCCACCGUUUGCCAUGGUCUGUGGCGGUUCCAGUGAUUUCACCCCGUCCGUGCCUGUCAAGAUUGUUUCAGCUGGACUUGCCGGCUGCGUGGCGGACCUGGUCACCUUUCCGCUGGAUACUGCAAAAGUCAGGCUGCAGAUACAAGGGGAAGCCAAGCCUUUGGUGAAGGGUGAGAGGGCCACAUACAGAGGUGUGUUUGGAACCAUCUUAACCAUCGUGAGAACCGAGGGGCCAAGGAACCUCUAUAAUGGACUGGUGGCAGGUCUCCACCGACAGAUGAGCUUCGCUUCGGUCAGGGUGGGCCUGUAUGACACCAUGAAGCAGUUCUACAGCAGGGGCUCAGAGAGUGCCGGCAUCGGGUCUCGUCUUUUAGCGGGCUGCACCACAGGGGCCAUGGCAGUAUCCGUGGCCCAGCCCACUGACGUGGUGAAAGUCAGGUUCCAGGCGCAGAUCAACCUGCCUGAGAGCGGCUCGGUUAAGAGGUACAGCGGCACCAUGGAUGCCUACAAGACCAUAGCCAGGGACGAGGGGAUCCGAGGGCUGUGGAAAGGUUGUCUGCCGAAUAUAACUCGCAACGCCAUCGUCAACUGCUGUGAGAUGGUAACCUAUGACAUCAUCAAGGAGCGCAUCCUACAAUACAAGCUGAUGACAGACAACAUGCCGUGCCACUUCACAGCCGCCUUCGCCGCAGGGUUCUGCACCACCAUUGUGGCUUCACCGGUCGAUGUAAUCAAAACGCGCUACAUGAACUCUGUGCCGGGCCAGUACAGCAGCGCCAUCAACUGUGCAUUCACCAUGCUGGUCAAAGAGGGACCCUCAGCUUUUUACAAAGGAUUCAUGGCCUCAUUUCUACGCUUGGGUUCAUGGAACAUCGUUAUGUUUAUGAGCUAUGAGCAAAUUAAAAGAGGCGCAGUGAGGCUGCAGCAGGCUCUGCAGUCUACAAUCUAACCAGUCCAGUAGGUUGUCCCAGCCCAAAUGUCG